CAUACAGUUUGCAACGCAAAGCUGGAUCUUGUUUUGGUUGUUGACACCGUUCCUGUCGUUCGAAGGGGAUUUUCCUUUAUAAGAAGAUUCCUUCUACAGCUUGUCGACUCCUUCACCAUUUCCGUUCAGAACGUUCGGCUUGGAUUGGUUGUUAACUCUAACCGCCCUCAAGUCAAGCUUACUUUGGGUCAGUACAUCAGUCGCAAAAAAAUAAAAAGGAUCCUCGGCCUUCUUCAACCAUUCGGCACCGCAAGGCGAACAGGAAUGGCGCUGAAACUAGCACUGAGACGUAUUUUUGCUGCUAGUAAAGGAAAGAAAACGUUAAUUUUGGUAACAUCAGGGAGGUCUUCCGACCGGGUCCUUGGGCCAAUACAGAGGUUAGUUGCUAAAGGCGUGGAUGUCUUCAGCGUUGGCGUGGGACCUGCUGCUGUUCUCAGUGAAAUUCUUACUACAGCAAAAGACCCUCAACAUGCCUACAAAAUAAGCUUCAAGGGCCUGGCAACUAUUGUCAAGCGUAUAACGGACAAAGUAUGCGCAGGUUUGUAA